UAGAACAGUAGCCCUGUGAGCGCCCUGGUAGGAAGACGGAGUGGGAGAUUUGGACAAAACUGACUAAACGGAUCGAGCCCUGCUUCAGUCGGGCCUAAACAUCACCGGACCAACCACACAUCUUAAGCAACAUGGCGGAUAAAGAAAAGAAAGUAAAGAAGAAGAAGCCAAAGGAAGAUGCACCCGCUGAAGCAGCUGCCCCAGCUCCAGCUGCAGAGCCUGAGCCGGCUCCAGCAGCAGCCCCUGCUAAACGUGCUUCCUCCAAAGGCAGCAAGAAGGCCAAAAGGGCCGGUUCUUCAGUUUUCUCUAUGUUUACUGAAUUCCAGGUUGCUGAAUUCAAGGAAGGUUUCUCCCUUAUGGACAAGGACAAAGAUGGUAUCCUUGGCAAGGAAGACCUCAGAGCAACUUGGGAUCAGUGUGGCAAGCUCGUGACUGACAAAGAACUCGAUGAGAUGCUAUCCGAGGCUUCAGGCCCAAUCAACUUCACCCAGUUGCUCACUCUCUUUGCCAACAGGAUGUCCGGUGGAUCCGACCCUGAUGAUGUUGUCAGGGAUGCUUUCAAGGCCUUCGACAAGAACGGCCUCAUCAACAGUGAAGACCUCAAGCACGCCCUUAUCACCUGGGGUGACAAAUUCACAAUGAAGGAGGUUAACAAUGCCUUCGACGCCAUGGAUAUCGACAGCCAGGGCAUGAUCGACACUGAAGGUCUUGUCCAGAUGCUCACCGGCAGUGGUGACGCAGAAGAGGCUGCUUAAGUGUUUAGGCCCAUCGAACAGAUUACAAAAAAUGCAAAUUAAAAUUUUAAUCAAGCAAGAUUCAAAUUAUCUGUAUUUUUAAGAACUUAAAUACACUUUUAUUUUUAUUUUGAUCUAAUAAAGAGAGCAACCUCUAAUGUA